CAAGCGAUGGUGCUUCGUAUCUGGAAUUCACGAUAACAAUGAGCUGCAAAUAGCUAGCGACGUUCACCGUAAAAGUAAAAAGCUCGACAUACCGACAUAUCAAAGUUUUGUGUGGCCAUGGAUCCGACCUGCAGUGUUUCUGCUGCUCCAGCUGGUCUGACUGUCCAGGUGUGCUUCCCUGGUGCCCGUGCCGCUGUUUUGGACAAUCUGAACCGCCAGCGGGAAGAAGGCAGGCUGUGUGACCUCUCCAUCCAGGUGCAGGGUCAAGUGUUCAGGGCCCACCGCUGUGUGCUCGCUGCAUCCUCGCCUUACUUUCAUGACCAGGUGUUACUGAAGAAUGUUACAACUGUUUCCCUCCCCUCAGUUAUGGACCCAGUGGCCUUUGAGAGUGUCCUGAGUUCUGCCUACACAGGCCAGCUGAGCAUCGUGCAUGAUGACAUUGUGAACUACGUCACCGUGGCCAGUUUCCUCCAGAUGUGGCACAUCGUGGACAAAUGCACUGAGAUCCUGAAGAGGCCCCGGCCCUCAGCAGAAGUCACCCCCGGAGAGGCCGCUGUAGCUCACCCCGGCACGGCGUCUCGCCAGCAGUCACCGAGCAGCACAGACUGCUUAUAUCUGGAAAGGGAGGGAAGAAGGAAGGAGAGAAAGCCUGAUGCAUUGCCUCCAUUAGCUACAUGGAGACGUCCGCAGCAGUUUCCUAGAUGGGGACGUCCACGGCCCCCAUCUGCCCAGCAAUUAGCAGACUCUCAACUGGACACCCUUCCUGGCUAUGCGGAUAGUGAUUACACCAGCUGUGAGGAGGCAUGGGUAUCAAGCCACGCCAAAAGCAGCCACUUUGGUCAUGAUGGACCUGGCCACAAUACCCGGCACUACGGGGGGUUCCCUGGUGGUGAAGCAUUGAAGCUGAAAGUCAGAUUUCAACAGCGGGGAGCAGCGCCGAGUGCUGAUAGACUGCUCGAUAAGAAUAGAGAGAGCGGGGACAGUGAUGAGACACGAGAGAAGAGGAAGAAUGAGAAAAGAGAGAUUGAGGCGGAUGAGGGGGUAGGAGAAGAGGCGGUGGAGAAUAAGCAAGGCUUUGCACAAAUAGGACACUGUGGCUUCCACCCAAUUUCAAAUGAGAGCGUAGGUGCUGGACAAGCCACGGGGAAGGCGAGUGUGGACGAGAUAAAGGAAAAAGUGCAGAGAAACUCGGACGGCAGCGACGCCUCCUCAGGCCUGCCCAGUGUUCAUGCUUGCCAAACAGGUGAGGGAGUCCCGGGUCCCUCCUGUCCAGUUUCAGCCCGGCUGCAGUGGCAGACGGGUCCCUGGUCUCAACAAGAGCAGAGGCCGCAGGAAGGCGAGGGUGGCAGCUGCAGUAAAGACGAGGAUGAAGACGAGGAGGAGGAGGAUGUGGACUUUGAAUGUUUCACAGAAGGGACCUUCAGCAGAGACACUUAUGAUGAGAUUGAAGACGGCACGGGGCAGGUUUCACAGAGGCCUUUAGUGCCUGUGUCUCCUGACUUCACCAUGGCAGGCUCGGAGGUGAACUGGCCCUCCACCAGCGUGGGACAGGGUGGAUCACUGACCCCCACCUCAAAUCGCAAUCUGUCUCCAUCCUCCGCCGCAUUUCCGCCACCCUCUUCACCCCCGACCCCGUCUUCGUCAUCCUCAGUGUCCCUCGCCGCCGCCCCCUACACGGGCAAAGUCCACUUCUGCCACUGCGGCAAAGCCUACACCCUGAAGAGCAUGCGUGACCGACACGUGAAGAUGCAGCACCUGAAUCUACGGCCCUUCGGCUGUCCCGUUUGCACAAAGUCCUUCAAGAUGAAGCACCAUCUAACCAAGCACCUCAAGACUCAUGGAGGGCUGCGGCCCUACGAGUGCGGCCUGUGUGGGAAGAAAGUGAUCUGGAGGGACAGCUUCCUCAGGCACCAGGCUCGAUGCGAGAGACUGGCCUCCAGCUCCUCUGCUAACAGCAACAACACGAGCACACCUGCGGCGGAAGCGGAUGACAGCUACAGCUACGGAUUUGAUGACGGGGAGGCUUUUCUUGCAACGGGAGGACAAGUGAAGGUGGAGGAGGUGGAUUUUCACGGGGAGAUGGAGGACGGGAUGGGCGGCCUGUUGGGCAGCGUGUCUGGGAUUGUGGAUCAGCUAAGAACUCAGUCACAAAACCUGAACACCGGCAGUCAUGGUUUUAAAGAGGAAGCGAGUGAGAGCUUUAGCGGAAAUUGAACGUUAAUGUGAAACAUGGGUACUUAAACAGCACUUAAACUGUAUGUACAUAAAUACAGUACAUACAAGACGGACAAUUAAUUACAUGACUUUAAAAAUCCACCAACUGAAAUCACUGAAGACUUUUUGAAACAGCUGCUUUUAUUUGAUCUUUUGAUGAGCAUUCUCUUCAUGUCAUGGGUGUUAAAAAAAAACAAUCAUAUGCUUUAUUCAAGAGAUCCUUUUUGAUUUGUGCAGUGCCAUGUAGACUCAGUUCUUGUUUAGUGAUGCUGUAAACUGUCCAUCUGUAACAAGCAGUGUUGUGAAUGUACUUCUUGAGCCCGAAUGAAGUUAAUUUUGCACAUAAAUUAUUUGCAUUUGAUCUGCAUUAGAUAAUAAAUACAAGGGUAUGAAAAUGUUUUCUGUGCCGUAUUGAUGUGUCUUCAUUCUGUGUAAAGGAAAGAAGUCUCGCCAUAUAUGGUAAUAAAAGCAGUUGGGACUUUUCUGAUUGA